CAAAACCCGCCCUAUUAAUCAGCCCCUGCAUCAUCGCUUGGGAAACCCGGUGGCAUGGUUGUGUGUCACUUUCGCUGGGACCCGCGGUCGAUGCCGGUGGAGGGGGAUGGGUGCCACUGCGAAUGUUAGAACCCGAGACAGAAUCAGAGCCCUGUACAACAUAGAGCAGCAUAUACCCCUUUAUAAAUAUCAAUUGUAAAUCAUAUAAAACGCCAUAAUAAAUAGAUCCAAGCACCGGGGAUUCAACAUAGACACGCGAUGGAAAUACGGUGCCCAAGCAGGACAGGGAAUUAAACUUUUAACCUUUGCGUGGGAGACAUAGAGAAGUUUGUUUCCUACCCCGGGAGAGGGAGCUAUCUUGGGGGGCAAAGGAUACAGGAGACUCCGAGGCCGAGGUUGAGGCCUACUGGUCUAGUUCGAUUUGAUGUUGGAAUACUCGAAGAUCUGCAGACAACACAGGAGGAUAUUUUAUUUGUGCUGGGUUGGAAUGUCUCACUAGGUCUCCCCAUGUCCGUGAGCCGUCGGCUGCGGCUCUGCGGCACCCCACCCCUGGAGUGGUCUGUCACUACAGUUCAGACCCCGUGAUCCCCCCUCUCUCCUCUUCCCCCUGUCCCACCCCCGCCCCUCCCCCCUUCCCCCUCCUCCCUGCGUGCCGCUGUGCUGGACGUCAUGAGCAUAGUAAUCGCGCUGGGAGUCACUACACCAGAAACGUCCUACUCAGAUAUGGCUGCUGGAUCAGACCCUGAGUCAGUGGAAGCAAGUCCUGCCGUGAAUGAGAAAAACUACCCCAACCACAGCUGUGUGAGUGCACAGAGUCAUGGGUAUCGGGGACUACCAUAUACUGAUCACAACUAUGGCGCGCCCCCUCCCCCCACCCCACCAGCCUCCCCGCUCUCCCAAACCAUCAUCCCCCGCAUGGAGCUCAACGGCGUGGCACGCGGCCCUACCUCCCGCUACCAUGACAACUGCCGCCAGGAGGAGAACUCUGCUGACAGCGACAGCUCGUCGGAGGAAGAAGGGGCCGUGGCCAGCUGGUGCCACUGCAGCCUGACUCCGGAUGGCUUCCUCAUAAAGUGCGAGAGCUGCAGGGGGCUAGACAGGAGGAAAGGAAUGGACGGCCAACGCCGGAAACAAGAAAAUGUAUCAGUGGGCGAUAGCAGCGCCACGGAGAGUGGCGACGAGGAAGUGUCGCCCGCCACGGUGUCCUACACAGCAACGCAGCACACGCCCACCAGCAUCACGCUCACAGUCAACCGCGUUAAGCGGAACAAGUCCAAGAAGAGGAAGAAGAGCACGGAGAAGGCCCGCGGAGUGCCCAAGGGCAAGAAAAUAAAGGCCUUCAGAGAGGGUUCUAGAAAGUCCAUGAGGAUGAAGAACUCCACUACGGAGGCCAGCGCAGUGGACGAGACCACAGCGGAGGGCUGGGAGAGCCGCAUCCGCCAGUGGACGGACCAGUACGAGGAGGCCACGGCCAACCAGUACAGUGCUGAUGUCCAGACACUGCUCCAGCUGCACCGCGCCGCCACCGUUACUGUUGCUGCCGAGGGCGUAGUAGUGGGCGAUACAACGCCAGCGACGACCUCACCGGCCCAGGUCAACGCCUCGGCCAAUGCCAUGGACACAAUUAACCGAACGGAGCUGGCGUGCAACAACACGGUGCUUGGCUCUCAGAUGCAGUUACAACUGGGGCGGGUGACGCGUGUGCAGAAGCACCGGAAGAUCCUGCGGGCGUCAAGGGAUCUAGAGCCAGACACCCUGAUCAUCGAGUACCGGGGCAAGGUCAUGCUCAAACAGCAGUUUGAGGUCAACGGACACUUCUUCAAAAAGCCCUACCCUUUCGUGCUGUUCUACUCAAAGUUCAACGACGUAGAGAUGUGCGUGGACGCGCGGACGUUUGGGAAUGACGCACGCUUCAUCCGGAGGUCCUGUACACCCAGCGCAGAGGUUCGGCAUAUGAUCGCUGAUGGCAUGAUCCACCUCUGUAUUUACGCCGUCACGCAAAUCCUCAAGGACGCCGAGGUCACCAUCAGCUUUGACUACGAGUUCAAUAGCUGUAAUUACAAGGUGGACUGCGCCUGCUACAAGGGCAACCAGCAGAACUGCCCCGUGCUGAAGCACAACCUGAGCCCACGCGAAACCCUCCUCUGCCAAGCCGCGGGGUCGCUGCCCCCGCCCUCUCAACUCCCGGCACCCACGGGGGCUGAGACGCGGCGGCGGAAGGCCCAGCGGAGAGAGAUGGAGGGGCCAGGUGGCGGCAAGGGACCUUUCGGAAUGUCAGAUGACAGUAACCAGCCGCCCGAGGAGAGUGGCGAGGUCCGGGAGACGCUGCAGGGCAACGUCAGCCUGGGCAACAGUGACACAGAGGAGGCACUCCUAGACGGGGUGAAGCUGGAGGAAGGAGAGGAGGAAGAGCUGGACGAGAACGGAGUCCUCAUCUCUAGUAGACCGAAGAGGACGCCCAGCACAGGGGGCAUAGAUGAGUUUAAACAGGAGGGCCUGGAGUCUGUAGAGGGGAGCGGAGGGAACCCCACGGGGGUUAACGCCGCGGCCCACCAAGCAGGGGUGGGGAUAAGCACGCGCCGUGCCACCUACGUCACCAAUCUCUCUCUCCAGGAACCCUCCUUAGCAGCCGACGCAUUAAAGACCCUGGUGUGUACCGCUCCCCUCCUGGCCCCUCUUGCGGUGCCCCCCAAGCCUCCCCCGGCCCGCUCCUCCAAGCCACGGCCUAAGAGCCGCAUCUCGCGCUACCGCUCCAGUUCGUCGCAGCGAGCCCGCCGCCAGCGGCAGGCCCUGGCCCUGCAGCAGGCAGCCCUGGAGCAGGCGGUGGUGGCAGAGGGGCAGGAGGGUCCCCUGGGGGGACCCGGGACAGAGCUGAGGCUGGGAGACGGAGCAUUGGGAGCUGGGCAACUCCUUGACGGAGAAGGCCUGAGUGCUCUGAACAAAGGCAACCUUCGCAACCUGCCUAAGACUAAGAAAUAUCUGGUGACUGAGUGGCUGAAGGACAAAGUGCUGGACAAGGUAGUCCUGCAGGAGGCGCCCACGGUGGAGAGGCAACUGCGCAUCACCACUGACCCCACGGUGCUGGCGACUACGCUCAACAUGCUGCCGGGCCUUGCGGCCUCGCCGCUCAUCUGCACUGCGCCCAAACACUACGUGCGCUUCGGCUCGCCUUUCAACCCUGAGCGCCGACGCCGGCCCGUCAGUGUGGACGCCACCUACGGCUCCUUCAAAAAGAGAUGGAUCCAACAAGCUCAGGAUGAGAGCGGGCUCUGCUCGGGGGGCCUGGAGGACGGCACUGAGUCCACCUCUUCCCACCAAAGUAACAGCAGCAGCUCCACCCCCAACCCUUUCAAAGCCGAACUGGCGGCGCCCCCCAAGAAGCGGCGGUCCAUAUAUGGCCCGGAGGUGGAGGCGGCGCCGCCUCUGCCCGGCUCAGAAGAACACUGUCUGCUGCUGCGGCCCCUGUCGCCCAUCACUCCCCCGCUGCCGUCGGACCAACCCCUGCCCAGCCCUGCAUCUUACGCCGCGCUGCUGGGUUGCUACGGCGAUGAGGAGCACCGGCUGUCCAACGGCAUGGCUGCCUACUCGCCACUGCCCUCGCUGCCAACCAGCCGCUGCAACACGCCACUGCAGUUUGAGAACAUAUCAUCUCCAGAGGCUUCUCCUGUGCACAGGCCAGAGUCCAUCUCUCCAGAGCCGUGUCUGCAACCGGACGUUGACGCCCUGCGCUGCGCCCUGCAGUUCCCCAACCUGUCCUCGGGCCUCGAUGGCCCUGUGCCCGCCAUGUCAGAUGACUUCUCUCUCCUCUUGGCAACGGGGCCUCCUCCCCCUGACACGCAGGGGCCGCUGGCUUCCAUGGUGGGCGGGGGUGGCCUCCUCACUCCCCUGGCGCCAAGCACCUUGUCCGAGUCGGCCCAGCAGGCCAGAGAGCAGAGCUUCAGGACUGAGUUCAACCUCAUCUAUACCUGCUCCCCGCUCAACGCCAACCUGGGCAAUCCCGUCACAACCGACAGGCGCCUCAGCCAAUCGGAGGGCAGCUUCUCGCCGGCCGAGUCCUUCUACAGCACCGUGAGUGGCCAAGGGCCUCUGGCCGAGGCUGGGCCUGGCUCUCUGUCGCCCUACGGCGAGCAGCACUAUGGCGGGGGCUACCCAGACAGCGGCACCCCUCCCCACCACACCAGUAACCCACCGCAGAAAAAGAAGGUGUCUCUGCUGGAGUACCGUAAGAGAAAGCAGGGGAGCAGCAGGGACCCAGAGCCCGGGGGUAGCUCCCUGGACACCCGCCCCAGCUCCAUCUGUGCCAGCGCCAAGUCUCCCGGAGGCCUCCGUUCCUUCCACCUGCAGCCCCCAGCCUCCCCCCACAGCUCCUUCUCCUCCCCCACCCACUCCUCCAUCCCCCAGAUAGAGGAGGUGAGCCCCCCAGAUAACCACCACACCGUCGCCCCUGGACCACCAACACAGCAACAGUCCAGAGCUCAGGAAGGCACCAGCCACUGGAUGGUGCCCACGACAGUUGAGCGGCUGCGAGAGGGCCAGGGUGUCUUAGAGCGGGUACUGAGGGGCUCCCUCAAGAUGGACCGUGUGCUGAAGAGAACGGACUCCUCGGUUACAGACAAGGACCCUGAUGCAGACCGGUAUGAGAUCCAGACGGUACCCCUGGCCUCUCCCAUGAAAAGCCCACAGAGAUACAGCCCGUCUGUCUACACACACCAGGUGCAGCCCCCCUUAUCGGAGGGCCACCAGCAGACAGUGGACAGUCCAGCCUUCCUUCAGCAGAGCGUGUCCUCUCCAUUCCGUGGUUCCUACAGUCCCUCGGCUCCCCCUCCCUCAGGCCAGGGCUUCUACUCUCGCCUGUCCGCCCUGUCUCAAGACCCCUCGCAGCAGCAUCAACAACAGACCCUCAACUCCCUGUCCUCCUUCCCCAACCAAACCACCUCCACUGCAGACUCGGCGCUCUGUGGGGCCUCCAGACCGCCAGGAGGCAACCUGCACCAGCCGAGCGGCAGCAGCAGUAUGGACGGGUCCCACGUGUACAGUGGCGGGAGCCACCUAAAAGCCAGCCUCUUGAACAGCGGGUUGUCAGGGUCUCCCACCCCUGGCUCCAGGGCUCACGGCAACCCUAAAACAGACUUUGGCGCCGGUGCUGUGGGGAACCCGGCGUCCCACCACGCCUCCAGACUGAGCCAACAGCAGGCGUCCCGGAGCCUGAAACCAGGCAGCCCCGGGCAGACGGUGCUGCAGACCGGCUCCAGGCUCCUGGCGGCCUCCCCCGGCCAACACUACCCACAGCGCGGGACACCCCUCAGUCAGUUCCAGCACCCACCCAUACAGGGGUCAGGAGUAAGGACACAGUCAGGAAGCUUUUAGGAUGUUGUGUGUGUGUUUGUUUGCUUGAGCGUGUGUGUGUGUGUGUGUGUGUGUGUGUGAAAUUGUGUACCUCUUAUCUUAAACCCUGUGGAGAAACUAGGCUUGGGGGAGGGGUUAUACACAGACCUAAGAGGAGUAAGGACUUGGCUUCUUGUAUGGAUUUCUCCUUAUUUUCUGUCUUUUUUUGUUUUAUCUGAAACUAAAUUACUGCAUUCUAAACAUGGCUAAUUGAGGAACUUCAACAUCAUCAAGGAAUCAAAUGAAAAGAGAAAAAGACAUGUUCAACAAAGUGUCAUUUUGAAAUUGCCCUGACAUCAUGAACAGACUGUGUAAAACUGGCUAAGUAGAUGGUGAAACUCAACCACGACUAUCUGUACAAAGUGUUUUCUUGGUUUUUGUUUUUAAAGAAGCGUACCUAUUGUUUUGGUUCUGGAUUUGUUAAUGCUGAGAUGGCAGGUGUAACUCAGCAGAGACUUUGUCACGGUAACUUUUUGGAUUUGGCUAGAAGCCGGGUCAGUCCUGCAGUAUGUGUUUCGUUUGGAAAGGGGGAACGAUACUUGCAAAAGUGUAUGUGUGUAUCAUCCAUUAUAAAGAUGCAGAGGGCAGCAAAUAAGAGCUGCCUAAAAAUCAUUCCUUAUGAUUUCCAGUUUUUUGUCUCAAACUUAGUCGAUUUCUGAAAACUCUUGAUCUGUAUUUUACUGUUCAAUGAUUUUUCUGCUCUUUUAAAAAACUAUAUAUUUUGUUUCCCACGUGACUGUUUUGAUUUGAUGUAUUACUACUUCACAGUAGAUUUGCUAUAUUAUACUUGAGUCAUACAGAUCUUGUAAUUCAUGGUGCUGCAGUUGUUUUUGUCUUUUUAAGUUAUUUACAUUCAAAUCCAGUUAUGUUCCGCACUCAACCGGUUGAUUCAGCUCGUUUUGUUAUUUGGAAUCAAGACUUUUGCCAGAAAUGCAUCUUAGUAAUCGUUAACUUUUAUUCUGCUGGAGCGAGAAGUAAGAAGCAGAGUACUUCAUUUUAAUUUUUUUCUUUACUCCGUUGUUGGGUUUGUUGUCUCUUGAAUCCUGUCGGAUUCUUUUUUAUGAAAAAUGUAUUGAGAAUAUAUUUUUUUUUCUCUCCCUCUGACCAAUCCUUGCAUUCCGUAUGCCACCUAAGAAAAUAAGAGGAUAAUCUAUGGCGGGAUUUGUUUGAAUGGUAUAAAAAAAAGAAAGAAAAA